AUUGAAGCAGAUACAGGCAGAUAAUUUGUGAAUUUGGUUCCUGGCACUAAAACUAGAGAUGUUGCUGAAGGUAGCUUUUCUGAACAUCAGAAGUGCAGAUAAAGUUUAUUGUUUUGUGGGAUGGUUUAGUUGGAUGUAGUGCUGCUCUUUAAAGGUUAGGCCAGCCUCAUUAAACAUGGGUAUGCAUUAACUACUUCAAUCUACAGCUUCUGCCUGUCUUCAUGUUAAGCAUUUGGUUGGUGAUGAAUACUUACUUCAUUUUUAGAUUUAGCUUGUUCAUGCAGCUGAAGUCUUCCUAAGCUUGUUUUUUCUGAAGGAAAACAUGUACAAUCGGAGUCCAGAACACCCAAUUCGCUUUUGGUGCUGUGUUACCUCCUUGCUGACUGUCAAGGAUGGGAAUGCCAUAGGUAUUGCCCCCUGCAGAAUGGGUGAACCAGGUAUGCUUGGUAUUGAGGUAUUGGGAAAAAAGUUCCGUCCAAUCCUGGUAUUCGUUUUGAUGCUCAGAGAUGACAAAGGCUGCACACCAGGGAGGAAUGCCCACUGAGGAGGAAGGAAGCAGCCCUGCACUCCUCUGUGAUUGGGACUGACUGUGUUGUUGCUGGGUGGAACAGCGUAAUGCUGUUGCUGCUCCUGCUCCAGCACUGUGAUGUUUCUGUUCCAGAUUGUGCUGACUCACAUUCAAGAAAAUAUGAUACACAGACACAAUGCACUGUAACUCUUUUCCUUCCCCCCCAGUAGCCUCGAAAGUUUCUGUAGCUCAUUCAAUAAAUGGCUGAGACAGUAGCUGUAAUACCAAGAGAUGAAGAGGCGAUCCAAAACAGCAGUGAUGAUGAAGACCGAUUUCCGACUCAUGAUACUGUAUCAGCAUCCCCUGGUUGCUCUGCCAGCCCUUCACUAGACAACCUAAAUGAAGACGAGGAGAGCUCAGGAGUGCCAGAAAGACUGUCUGUCCUCUCCAGCAGGGCAGUGGCCCAGCUGAAAGCCCUGACUGUCCCAGAGAAGGUCAGUGGUGGCCAGGCACAGAGGACAGCCCCUGGGCUGGCUGAGCAUCCUCUGGCAGCUGUAGAUGCGUUGUUAGGUUCCUCCUCAUACUCUGACAACCUGCUGGCCUCCCUGCCUGCCCAAAGCCCCUGCUGUGAUGGCAAAUUGUGUUCAGAGGUGCUACGGGCCCCGCGGGUGCCCAGUGAGGCCGGCCAGGCCCUGCAGGCUGGGACUGACACGCAGCAGGCAGGGAGCAGCACCGAGGGCAGCAGGCCCUCUAGCAGUUUGGGCAGUGUUGUUUGGAUGAAGACCACAACAGCAAUGGAGACCUUAGAAAAUAAGAAAAAGGAGGAAAAGGAGAAGUACCGGCUCCAGCUAGCCAUGUACCGACGGCUCCUGCUGCUGCGCUCCAUCAGGAGCUUGCAUAGGCAGCUGGAGCAGCAGCAGGCCAGGCUGCAGGAAUGCUAUGGCACGGUGAUAAAUACAAAGAAAGAAGUGUUGAAACACAUUUGCUCAAUCUCGCCCUCACCUUCGCCGUAA